ACAGGCGCUCGUAUGUCACAGUCCCACUUUUUAAUCACGCUGAGCAUAUGAUGUGACACAGAUGGGAGUUUCUGCUGGUAUAUAUGAUAUGACAUAGAUGGGACUGUCUGCUGGUGUAUAUAAUAUUCACGGAGAGAGCUCAUUUCAGUACAGAAUAGACUAUGGAUAGUCACAGGAAGGUAGCACUGGUUACUGGCUCCAACAAGGGUAUUGGGUUCGCCGUCGUCAGGGCGUUGUGUAAGAGCUACGACGGGGACGUCUUCCUCACAUCUCGGGAUGAAGGUCGUGGCCAGGCCGCCAUUGCUGACCUAAACAAGGAAGGCCUAAAGCCCAAGUUCAGUCAGCUGGACAUCAACGACCGGUCAAGCAUAGAGCGGCUGAAGUCCUUCCUACUGUCCACCUACGGGGGAUUAGAUGUUCUGGUCAACAAUGCCGCAAUAGCAUGCAAGGAAACCGACCCAUUACCUUUCUCGGAGAGAGUUGAUCCUAUAUGUAAAACCAAUUUCUCGGCCACCCUUGAUGUCUGCCGUAUUCUCUUCCCUCUGCUUCGACCUCAUGCCAGGGUUGUGAACGUCUCCAGCAUGCACUCUCAGACUGCUAUCACGAAAUGUUCUCCAGCCAUUCAGGGUCGCUUCAAGGACCCCAGCCUGACCAUGGACGGUCUUGAGAAGAUCAUGCAGGAGUUUGUAGAUGCUGCUAAGGCGGGCAAUCACAAGGACCAGGGGUUCACCGACAUGGCCUACGGGAUGUCCAAGAUCGGGGUCACGGUGAUGUCCUUCAUCCAGGACAGAGACAUCAGGAAGGACUCCAGAGAGGACAUCGUCAUAAAUGCGUGCACUCCUGGAUAUGUCGCAACUGACAUGACCAGCCACAAAGGAACGAAGACCAUCGAUGAAGGUGCUGACACCCUGGUUUACCUGGCUCUCCUUCCCCAAAACACCACCUCUCCUAGAGGAAACUUUGUCAAGGACAGAACAAUCCAGAACUGGGGAUAACAUCUUCUAGUUCCAGAAGCUGAUGUACAUAAUGUCACCAUGUGGUAUAGUUCCCUGGUACCAUCCCUGGGUCAAAAGAACUGUUUUCUUGUUUUAGGGACCAUGCUUCCUCAUCCUAUCAGUAUUUGGGUCACUGUCAAGAAAUAAACAUUUGGCUGUGCAGAUAA